AUGUUGUCACUCUUUUCUUCGGCCAGCCUGCUUCUUAGCACCGGCGUUCUCAACGCUGCGCUUGUUCUGGGAGCACCUCACCUUGUUGAACGUGACGGAUCAUCUCCUUCGCUGGCAUAUGAUCCAAGCACCACCAAAUAUUGUUCGUGGUGGAUUGAUUUGACCGAGGCGAGAGACUGCUCUCCUCUCCUAGAGGAGAACUUCAUCACUCUCGAGGAGUUCCGUCGCUGGAAUCCGUCCAUCACUGCUGACUGUGGUGGUCUUGUAGUCGGGAAGUCGUACUGUGUAGAGACUCAGAACGAGCCUGCUCCGAUUUCUUCUUCGUUCAGUUCUUCGUCGACACCUCUUCCUACUUCUACCUCGUCGUUCAAGUCUACUUCGGCUUCUUCAUCAAAGCCGGUGGUCACAGUCCCCUCUUCCACCAUCAAGACGUCGACAUCGACUACCGCACCGCCUACGACAACAAAACCCUCCAAUGGAGUUGAGACACCCUCUCCGCUGCAACCCGAUGUCGUUUCAAACUGCGAUUCAUUCUACUAUGUCAAGAGCAGCGACAGCUGUGUAAACAUCGCCAAAGCCAACGGAAUCUCCACCACCCAGUUUCUCGCCUGGAACCCAAGUGCUCGCUCCGACUGUACCGGUCUCUGGGCAAAUGCAUACGCAUGCGUUAGUAUUAUCGGCCACACGCCGACUUCUGCAGCUCCCAGCCCAACGACGACAGGCAAUGGUAUCGCAACCCCGACUCCAAUCCAGGAUGGCAUGGUCCGGAACUGCGACAGCUUCUACAUGGUGAAAUCAGGUGACACGUGUGACAAGAUCUCUUCUGCAAAGGGCAUCACUUCAGCUCAGAUCAUCUCGUGGAAUCCGGCUGUUGGCUCAAACUGUGGUAGCUUGUGGCUCGAUACUUAUAUCUGCAUUUCCAUCGUAGGGCACACGCCCACGACUACUACCAAGGCUCCAGCCACCUCGACCCGCCCUGGCAAUGGCGUUGCCACGCCUACACCGUACCAGGAUGGUAUGACGACGAGCUGCAAAACCUUCCACUAUGUUGCAAGUGGUGACACUUGUGCGACCAUCUCUGCGAAGUACAAGAUCAGCACGACAAACUUCGCCAAGUGGAAUCCUGCGGUUGGUAGCACAUGUGCUGGCUUAUGGGCAAACACGUAUGCGUGCGUUGCUGUACUUUAA